GUGAGUGUAGAUGUGAAGACAGAAGCGCUUUGAUUUACUUUACCGAUGAAACGCUGAGGGAGGAAAAGGAAAAGCUGCUGUUAAUGUUUUGCUGCAUUUCUGCGCCUUUAGCCGCACGGCACCCGGGGGCGCACGCGCGCAGGAUUAAGCCCACUCUCGCGCACGCACACACACACACGGACGCGCGCGGAUCAGGGAUGUCUGUGGGCUGCUGGUGAGAGACACACCGACACUGCUGUCUUUCAUUCACUGAGCGCGCACGUGUGUGAGUGUGUCGCGUUUAUCUGCGCGCACAGCUCGGUGGUCGCGUGCCGGCGGUGUUCUGCAUCCUCGCGCUCCCGGUGAUGCAGCAGCAGCAGGGUCUGCGCGUGCUGAAGGAGGGCGUGCUGGAGAAGCGUAGUGACGGACUACUACAGAUGUGGAAGCGGAAACACUGCACGCUCACGGAGGAAGCCGUGCUGCUCCACGCGCCCAAGCACGCGCACGCACACGCGCACCCGGCAGCCAAGGGGAAAGAGCUCCAUUUCUCGCGAGUGAAGACCGUGGACUGCGUGGAGCGGAAGGGCAAACACGGCUACUUCACCGUGGUGAUGGCGGACGGGAAGGAGAUCGACUUCCGGUGCCGGGCGGAGGAAGGAUGGAGCGCGGAGAUCACGCUGCAGAUGGUGCAAUAUAAAAACCGUCAAGCUGUGCUCGCGGUGCGCUCCACGCGCCACAAACAACAGCGGCUCGUCAUUAACAAACCGGAAACAGAGGUCACGGUACCGACUGGGGAGAGCCGCGCGCACAGCGGUUAAACAGAUCCAUCAACUUCUCACACAGCCUGCCAAACGGAUAGACGGAGAUGACACACACACACACAGAUACACUCCGAGUGUGGAACACCGACCUCCUGCCUUCAUCUGUCUGUGUGUGUGUGUGUGUGUGUGUGUGUGUGUGUGUGUGUAAAUCAGCAACUUCCUCUUCAUUCAUCAGGCCAAAGACACCUUGUCCAUCCACCCAACUACUGUGUCAUCACACUGAUGAUGAGGAUGGGGGGGGGUAUCUCAGUGGUAAAGGUGUUGGACUGCUGAUGGGAAGGUUGUGAGUGCUGGGCCCCUGAGUGAGGCCCCUAACCCUCAGUUGUUCAGUUGUAUAAAGUUGUAAGCUGCUCUGUAUGAGGAGGUCUGAUAAAUGUCUGAAAUGUGAAUGAUGAUGGAGAUGAUGAUGAUGUCAUCACUGAUUUAUACCAACCCCCUUUUGUCUGUUUCAUAUGCAGUUGUUAAAGCUGUUUUCAUAAAUAAACACUUCAUUUCAAGCA